CCUCCUGCAGAUCUCCCGGACCAAGCAGCCAGGGCUGGACUCUGAGGGGGGCUCUGCAGACACCCUCUGGGGGGCCCUGGAGGAGGCGGCCAAGCAGCGCCUCCUGCGGAGGAUGGGCCGAUCACUCUACCCCAGCUUCAGGAGGAAGGUCUCGCGUGUGACAGGUUUGCUGGUGGACAAGGUCUCGGUGGCCCUCGGCGUCCCUCAGUCGGAUCGAGAGGGGAAGUGCACCGUAGGGACCCUGCAGCAGCUUCUGCUGUGGGGCAUCAGGCAUAACAUCAGCUGGAACGCCCGGACCCUAGGGUUCAAGUCUAGGACCUUUCCAUCUCCUCCACCAAUCCUGAGCUGCAUGCAGCCUGCCCGCAAGCCCCCCCAAGUCACAAAGAGGGCAUCUGGAGACGCCUGGGGUGCAUCCUGGCCCUCAGCCGAGGUUCUGGAGUCUGCUUGCAAUGACACUAUCCCAGGCCUGCCCGGCAUCUCCAACUUCACUGUGUAUCUUUACUGCAGCCUAUUCAAUGGCUCAGACAGCUCCAGCCAGCCUCCUUCAGACCUGGGGGCUGCAUGCUCCAGCUCCGCCUGGUAUUUCUCCUCCCCCAGCGGGGACUCCAUGUGGGUGAGGACAUGCAGGGAGUACUUCCCUGGCCAGUUCAACACCACGGUCUGCAGCAAUGCCUCCCUGCUGCAGCUGCCCAGUCCCAACCAGCCUCUGAUGGAGCAGUUGUGUGCCAAUCUCUCCCUACCCCCCAAAGGUGACAGCUGUCUAGAGGGGCUGCCUGGGGCCCCCUGGAGCCAGGAGGAUUUCUGGAGCUGCUUUCUGGAAAACCAGACUCUCUGGACUCAGCGGCUGUGCACCAAUGAGAGCCUGCAGGCGGUGCCCGCAAAUAGCAGUACCUGGAUCUCCAGACGCUGCCACGGCCACCAGCUCCAGACAAAGACACUGAACUCCUCGCUGCUCAGGAACUCUGAUCCCUGCAAUUUCCAUGCCUGGAGCCUCCAGGCGCUCAGGAAUGCUAGCCUGGUGGAGCAGUGCCGGGAGGUGAACCCUGCUCGCUUCCAGGAGCUGGUGUGUGAGAAUUCCUCCCUCCUCCAGUCUUUGGAGUCUUCCCACCCCUGGCUCAUGGAUCACUGCCUGGACUCCCUGCAGAAUGGGCAGUGCUUCCUGCAGCGCCUCCUGGACAUCCUGCCUAUUUCCUCUCACGUGGAUGCAUCUUGGCUCUGCCGGGACCCUGCGUCCUACCUGCUGGGGCUGGUGUCCCAGCUCACGCACUGCGAGGAGGAGACUUCCCACUGGAUCCUCAGCAUGAACUAUCUCCUGCGCCUGCUGGAGUUCACCCUGCCCUCCUCUGAGCUGGAUGAGGUGGGGCAGGCAGCCAGGGACCAGCUGAGUGAGGCCAUCCUGCUCUCCAGCCUCCUGGACAACGGCUCCUUCUGGGCCUUGCUGAAGGUGAACUCCUCCCUGAGCAUCCUGCAGGCCGUGGGCCAGUACCUGAGGCAGGAGCAUGACACCUCCUUCAAGAAAGAGCUGCUGAGCUGCUUCAGCCCUGUGCUCUGGGAUCUGAUCCAAAGAGAAGAGGGUGCCCCGGCGCUGGAAGUCCUUGUGCAGGAAUACCUGCAGAUGCCGCAGGAAAAUUUCCAGCAGCUGCUGCUGUCGGCGGAGAGCGAGGCAGUGCAGCGCUUCCUGGCCCUGCUGCACCGCUCCUGGCCCCAGCUGCAGGUUCCCAUGUCGGAUGAGCAGGCGCUGCAGGCUCUUGCCUCGCGGCUGAUGGGCCGGUUCCCCCAGCUCACUCCGCAGCUCUUUGUUGACCUGUCGCAGUUCAUGCCGUUCAUGGCCGUGUCCGACAUCAUGAGAGUCCCGCCUGCCCUGCUGGCCAAUGAGAGCGUCUUAGCUGCUCUGCGGAGUCACAGCCCCCACAUGAAGCUGGUGCAGAAAAGCGCCUUUGCCAAGCUGCUGCUGCAGGCUCAGCUCCUCGGGGACGUGCCGACGUGGCGCCCAGGCUACCUCCGCACCAUCCAGCCGCUGCUGCCUCACCUGCCGCUUCGCUGCUUUGUGCAGCUCACACCUCAGCAGAUCCAGGGGCUGGCAGACGGUUGGCAGGAUGUCCGGCUGCGGCUGGCCCAGGGGCGCCAUGUGGCACACAGCUUGAUAAACGUGAGCCGUGGGGCUGGUGAGGAGCAGGUGCACAGGCUGGGGACCUUCGCUUGCUAUCUGAGCCCGGGAGAGCUGCAGGUCCUGGCCCCGCUGCGUGACCCCUGGGGGCCGGUGGAGCAGAGCUUGCUGGCAUGCGCUGCCAAUGGAGUGCUGAGCCAGCACGGGCGGGUUGCCUACGCGCUGGCGGAUUUGUUGCGUUCUGCCAGCCUGGCUGCUGUCGGGCCGCAGGAGCUGCGUGCCUGGCGAGGCAUCGUUCCGGAGCUGGGGGUGAGGUUCCUGCAGCGCCUGUCAGCCACGCAGGUCAGGGCUCUCAUUCCAGAGCUGCAGGCUGCACACCUGACACCUGCCCAGGCGUCUGUGCUGCUCACGCAGGCUGUGCGGACCGAGAAUGUGACGGAGGGUGUGGCGAGCAGCCUGUGCCCCCUGCUGCCAGGCCUUGGGCCCGAGUCCCUCCAGGCCAUUCCCACUCCCACCCUGGCCCAGGCAUGUGAAUGCCAGGCCACCGCUCUGCCUCUGCUCUCGGCCCCGCAGAAGGCAGCCCUGCUGCAGAGGCUCAGCCGGGAGCAGCCGGCCCGGAGCGUCUGGCCAGACUGCCUCGUGCCCUUCGUGCCCCUCAAACUCCUGCACCUGGACGCAGCGACUCUGCUGGGGCAGAGGGGCCGGUUCUGGGAGCUGCCCUGGUCCCAGCAGCAGGCCCAGUUCCUCUGGAGGAAGGUGGAAGCGGGCACCAGCGUGAGCCAGGAUACGAUUCGGGCGCUGGGGACUCUGGCAGCUGGCAUGGGCUGUGCCCGCCUGCAGCAGUUCCGUCGGAGGGCAGAUUUCCUGGGGGUUCUCCGGGUUCUUUAUGCGUGUCCCAGCAGCCUGCCUGGGAGCCUGAGGCGGUGUGUCUGGGAGGAAGUCCGCAGGCGGCCGGGACUCUCCGGGGAGGAGCUGGUGUGGCUGGGACCCAAGUUCCUCAUGGAUUUACCGGCGAAGCUUGUGGACAAACUGCCCAACGACUCCGUCAGGCUGAUUCUGGACUAUGUGAGCAGCCACCCCCAGAGCCUGCUGGUGCUGCCGCCCCACCGCCGGGCUGCCCUGGCCCACAGGGCCCUGCGCCUCCUGCGCGCGCCGGCUGAGACCGAGAUCCCAGGCGAGGUGCUGGACCUUCUGGGCCCACUGCUGGGGUUCCUGGGCCAGGAGGCUGCUGCCCGCAUCCAACCCGAGAGCCUGCUGCUGCGCCUGGAGGAGCUGCAAGGGGCCUGCCUGGCGGAGGGGUUUGCUGAGGAGCUGGGGAGGCUGCUGCUGACGGAGCGGGUGCUGGGCCCGCCGCAGCGCUGGAGCCUCCUGGACGUACAGCAGCUGGGACGUCUGGUGUUCCUGCUACCGGUGGAGAGCAUCCGGCUCAUCCCGAGGGAGGUGCGGAGCAGAGACACCCUGGAGCAGCUGCUGCAGAGCCAGCAGGAGUGGGAGCACAGCGAGCCAGGCCGGCUGUGCCAAGCCCCUGGUGCCCAGGGACGGGUGAGGAGCCGGAAGGAGGCACUGGUGGCCUGGCUGACCCUGUUCCCAGCUGCGCUGACAUGCGCGCCACCUACCCUGCGGCCUGGAGCGCAGCACAGAUCGCCAGCAUGGCCCCGUCCCACUUCGAGGGCUGCCUGGGUCUCAUCAGUCAGGACCCUGCACUCUCGCCCGAGCAGCUCCGUGCCGCUCUGGGCAAAGCCAAGCAGGGCCCCGGCGGGCUGGCCCCGGCUCUCUGAAUGCGCCGUUUGGGCCCCACAUCAACAGAGGAUCUGGAGGGACAGUGGGAAGCCCAAGGGUUGUUUCACCGCUAACAAUCUGUUUGGAACCGCCCAGCCCCUGCAGCCGGUUCACCUCCUGCAGCUGGGCCUACUGGCCACCCAGCUGAGCGAGCAGGAGCUGCAGGAGCUGGAGCUCUCCAACUGGGGGGCCCUCUCUGUCCUGGGGGUCCUGGAAGGCUGGACAGCAAGACAGAUGCGAGCCAUAGUCUCCAGCUUUCUGCGCCAGAGUGGGGUGAGUGUGCAGGGCCUGGCACUCCCAGAGCUGGCUGCCCUCGGCCACCUCCUGUGCGGGCUCCGUGCUGACGAGAUGCGGAUGCUGAACAGCCAGGAGUUCAGCCAGGCUGCCCCAUUUGUGGGCUCCCUGAGGCUUGGCUGCUCCGAGAGGCAGCUGGAGACACUGGCUGAGCUGCUGACGUCCCACUCGGCGUUUGGCCCCGUUAGCAGCUGGGGCCCCGAAAUCUUCACUGAGAUCGGAACACUGGCAGCUGGGCUCCAGGACAUCGCCCUGUCCUCACUCGUCCCCGAGCAAAUCCGGGCGCUGACCCCGCUGGCCAUCGCGGGAAUCCCCGCACCCAAAUUCACUGUGGUUUUCAGCCCAGCCCAGCUGCUGGGCUUCACCAGCGCCCAGGCCUCAGCUGUGACCCCCCAGCAGCGUGCGCGGCUCAGCGCCCAGCAGAGGCAAGCAGUGGCCAGUGCCCAGUACGAGGUGGAGGGCGCCCAGGAUGGCAGGGGCAGGAAUCAUGCCCGGUGCCAUCCUGGCCCCAGUGCCCUGGCACUGCUCUGUCUGAUGUACAGCUUUGGGUGAGAGCCGCUGGGGCCUGUGUUUAUAAUAAACCCUUCAGCC